AGCUCACUGAAGCACCCUCCCUUUUUGGUUUGGUAAUGAACAUGUAACGAAACGCAAAAGUGCUUUUGGGUUAUUGUUAUUGAUUGAACUUGUGUAUUCAAAAUAUUCGUAAAAAGCUAUAUUUUUAAAGAAAUAAAAUGUGAAGUGAAGUGAUUGUAGCCCUACGCCAUGUCAGCUAAUGGGAAUGGUGGCUUUUAUGCACCGCUGAAACAAAUUCUGUCCGACUCGGAAUCCGAGGACGAUAAGCUCGAAAAUGCAAUGCAUAUCAAAGCUACGGAUAGUUGUAACAACCUGGACUUCAAUAGUGGCCUACAAUCAUCCAAAAACUACAGCAUAAGUGACAUGGACGAGUUCAAUACCAACGUUAAUACCGUGGAAAGCACAAUGGACAACGUAAGCUUCCUACAGUCUGAUAUAUCGACGAAGAUGUCUUUCCCGCGCCGGUGCGCGUUCAUCGCUUCUAUACUCAUGUGCAUAUUCACCGUUGUGAUAUUUCUGUGGGGCAUUCCUUGCUCAGAGGUCGGCAGCUGUGCCGCUAAUGAAUGGCAAGAUAGAACAACAAGCUGGGAACUGCCUUAUAACGAAAUGGAACUGUCAGGUGCCGUGCAAGUUGUCGACGGCGCGAUACCUAACACCAAGAACUUGAUAUUCAUAUAUCGCGGCAAUCACAUGAGACUGGAACCCAAAACGAGCAGUGAUAAUGUGAAUGGUGUGGUCCUUAUUGUGGGGAACUCUGGGAAGGUUGGCUGGUUCACCAGGGAGAGCAGAAUACCAACUGAUAUCAACUGUCAUCUACUUGAUGUGAACAAGGAUAAACAGAAGGACUGCAUAGUGUCGGGGACAGAAGGACUGCUGGCCGCUCUUGAUUCGGUGUCUGGUACCUACUACUGGCACAUCCACAAGCAAGGCAAAGACUUGAGUAAGAUAAUGGCUAUUGACUUCCCUGUCAUGGUGAAGGAUAUGAAUGAUGAUAAAGUAAAUGACUUGCUGACUGUUGCCACUGUAUAUCCUAGCACAAAUCAUAACUCUUUGCUCAUGAUAUCUGGUGCAACAGGUAUUAUUAUGGCUGAACCAAUCCCAAUAGAUGAUUGCUUCUCAGUUAAACUUCUAGCAGAGAUGGACACAGUCACAUAUAUUUGCAAGAAUGGUACAACUGAGGCUGUCAGACUCAUCUCAUUCACAGUUUUAAAGAAAAUGCUGAAGAAGGAUCUACCAAUUAACCAUACACAGCCUCCACCUACAGUCCUGAAGAGAGUAAACUUGAGCAUGAAAAAGAAUAUUGGUAACACCAUUGAAACCUUUACAAAUGGUCCAGGAAAGUUGAAAGUGGAAAAUUCAGGAGAAUGUCCUAAUUCUUGCCGAGUAUAUCUAAAGCUGAUGUUGGAGAGGAAUGGCACAACUAAUGUCAGUUGGGAGUAUACAGCAAACAAUGUUUAUGCUAUGAGGCCCAGCUCAUUUGCCUUUGCAAACUCUAUCCGAGGGUUUGUAUUAAAAUUAUGACAGUGGAACAGUGCACACCUGGCAAAGGGUGCACUGAAGAUUGAUGAAGUCAGAUACAAUGUUCAGAAUCAAAGUCCAAAGAACAUUAAUGACAUGUUCUACCGGUCCACUAUAGAUGUUGCAUCAAUAUCAGCUUUCAUUAAAUACACUAACUUUACCGUUCAUGAUAUAUCUGAGAGGAUUGUCCUGGUGUUAUUUGACAAGUUGCAGACCCACAAUGUGAAUAUCAGCCAGACAGAUAUAGUGCAGAUAUGUGUCCGAGGCCCAAUUGAAAGCAAAACACCACUUCCACUGUGCCAGCCUGACUUAGAAUACCAGGAAAAAUCAUUGAUGAUAGCUGACCUAGAUGGGGAUCAGUCGCAUGAACUGAUCUCCUACUACAGUACCUUUGUGGCUCCAGAGUAUACACCAAAGAACUCUAAUCCCUAUGAUAACUGGAGCCUGACUUCCCUCGUAAGGGUUAUUCGUUUAGAGUCAGAACUACCCAAACUGUUUAUUACUGAUGUUUAAAGUUACGAUAUUAUAUCCAUAUAUUCAUCAUGCUUUACAAUAUAUUCUGCUGAAAUAUACAGUUUCGAUUUGCCAAAUGUAAUGCUGGCUUGCUGUAUAUGUAGCUUGAGCAGCUAGCAAUAAGGUGUCUAGUCAUUCAUCAUGUAUUUAUACCAUUAUAUUCCACUAGUAAAUUGUCUAAGGAAUGUUUCCAGGUUUAUUCUGAUUAUUUCAAAACCAAUUUAUGAAUCACUUGACCUUGAUAUGACGAAUAUUUUCUGUUGGAGAUGUAGGUAUACAUAUUAAAUCAAGUGUGAAUUUUGGAAUUCAGUAUACAUAUAGACCUUUAGUCAACAUUGGUUACUCAGCUGAUCUUGGUUUUCCUUGACAAAGAAUUAUUCAUAUAAAAUUAAGAGUAUUUAUUAAUUAAUGCAUGUAGUUUUACAAUCGUUUUCGCCUGGAGUGUUCAAUGUUUAUUAUAAUCAUACUAUAUUAAAUGUAACGUUAAGUAAAUAUACCAUACAAUAUUAAUUUCUAGUCUUGUAAGUAGGUACCUAGUAUUAUCAUUAUGACUGUAUACCAAAUAGUAACAUUUCAUAUAACAAUCUGUUUCCAAUUUAGGUUGAACUGGAACCCCCUGAGGUAUAGUGCGAUUCAAAAUUUAUAUUGUUAAAAAAAUGCAGUUUUGUAAGGCUUGUUUUGAGCCAACUGAACUUAUAAAUAUUUUUUUUAUACAAUCUCAAUAUUUUUGUGCGUUUACCAAUCAUCCAGGUAUAACUUAGAAUCUCACCCUGAAUCUGUUUGCGUCUGAUUAUGACGUAACAACUAUUUCAUUGUGAUUAAUGUUUGCUUCAUUAGACGUGUGUAUUAUUUAAUUUGUAUUAGGAACUAUGCGGAGUGAAGUGCCUUAAAGCGGGGGUUAUGGAGUGGUUCUUUUGCGUCGAUUCGUUAUAAUAAAACUCUUAUUAAAAGCA